AUGUCGACGAUUGAAAGCAUAGUCGCCUUUUCUCGCUCCCAUGUAUCCUCGCUUUCGUGUCGAAGCCCCCUCUUUCGACUGCUCGUAACCGCCCUCAUCUUCUUCACCCUCAUCACACUCUUUAUAUUCGCCACGGGUCCUGUCGCAGACCGCUCUGCCUUGUGGCUGCCGUCCACGCGUACCAACGGACAGAAUGGACCUUCAGCCAUGGAUCGCGAGCAUUAUCCCCCCGUAGUGCCGACGGCGGACAAUGACGCCGGGAACAGCACAUUGGGGUUUAGUUCCAUCUACUUUAUAUACCUGCCGAGCCGCUACGACCGCCUCGACGCCAUGUCGCUGCAGUCCUAUCUCUCCGGCGUCGACCUGACCGAGUAUCCAGCCGUCGGGCCACAGCUGAUCAAGGACGUCGGCAUGCCGCCUACCCGAAAGCCAGGCAAGCUGCGCACAAGCGAGCAGGGUUGCUGGCGAGCACACGCCAAUAUAUGGUCGACCAUGCUUAGACAAAAGCUCCCGCCCCUUCUCAUCGUCGAGUCGGAUGCGACGUGGGACAUUAAUAUUCGCAAAAUCAUGCCCAAUCUGAAUAACCACUUUCGACAGUUCCUGAGAGAGAUUAACUCUACGCAGCUUCACAACCCUGCGUGGCCUGCGGAAGCAGUGGCCCGGAAUGAAAGCACGAGAGCAUCCGAUGACGACCCGUGGCUCAGCAGCCACUGGGACAUCCUCUCUUUCGGUCAGUGCCACGAGACCGACGAGAACAACGACAUCAGGCUUAUCUACAAUGACCCCUUUGUGCCACUGGGCAAGGACUAUCAGGGCCGGGCGCUCACACACGAAAGGGUGAUUCGCCGAUCGGGCGGCAUCACCUGCACGACCGCCUAUGCCGUGAGCCAAACGGGGGCGGCGAAGCUCCUGCUAAGGACUGCCGUGAAUCUCGACAUGCCGGUGGACAUGGUGAUGCAGGAAAUGAUUGUCUCGGGCGAUUUGGUCUCCUACUCCGUCAUGCCGCCCAUCAUGGCGCAGUGGCAAUACGCCGAGGGCAUCGGCAUGGAGGAGCGCGGUGCGAAUAGUAAUAUCAACAAGGCUGGCAUCUUCUCGGGACUGUUUUCUUUGUUUGCGCGCAAGAAGGCGUGGGAGAAUGUCAAGGCCUCGGGGAGCGUUUGGACGACCAAGACGUAUCAUGAGGAUGUUGCCUUUGACGAAAUGUCCCUACAGGGGGCUUGGAAGAGGGUUUUUAGGACGGGAAAUUGA